AUGUUGUAUUUGCCUUCACGAGAUCGCAUCACUGGUGUAGGUGGUGGUAGUGGUAGUGGUGGUGAUGAUGAUGGUGGUGGUGGUGGUCGUGGUCGUGGUCGUGGUCGUGGUGGUGGUCGU